AUGUCAUCCUCAUCAAGUGAUGAAGUUGAUGAAGCUAUAGAAGAAAUGGUCGACGAAGUAGUUGAUAAUUACAUCGACUCAAUAGUUGAGGUCCAAGGCAACAAACCGAAAAGAUGUGCUUAUAUCGACAGAGAUCGGGAACAAGGACACAAUCAACUAUGGAACGAUUAUUUCAAGGAAAAUCCUACAUACCCACCGGAAAUGUUUAGGAGGCGUUUUCGAAUGAACAAGCCAUUGUUCCUUCGCAUUGUCGAACGUAUAAGUAAUGAAGUUCCAUACUUUCAGCAAAGACGAAAUGCUCACGGGAGGAACGGGCUUUCUGCACUUCAAAAGUGUACGGCAGCUAUACGUAUGUUGGCAUAUGGUCAAUCGGGAGAUACAUAUGACGAAUAUCUCCGACUUGGUGACAGUACAUCACGUUUGUGUUUGGCAAAUUUCACUGAUGCAAUAAUACAAUUGUUUGGAAAUGAGUAUCUACGAAAACCUACAGCCGAGGAUCUUCAACGCUUACUCGAUGUUGGAGAGGUACGGGGGUUUCCGGGGAUGAUAGGCAGCAUCGACUGCAUGCAUUGGGAGUGGAAAAACUGCCCAACGGCUUGGAAAGGUCCUAAAGCCGAGAAAUUUGCAGAAAAGCAAGAAUCCGCCAGAAAAGAUGUCGAACGAGCUUUUGGAGUAUUGCAAUCGAGGUUUGCAAUUGUUAAAAACCCAGCUCUACAAUGGGACAAGGAGAAGAUAGGAAAGAUCAUGAGAACUUGUGUCAUAUUGCACAAUAUGAUAGUAGAGAACGAACGACACGGAUACGCUCAAAUUGAUACUUCUGAGUUCGAGUCCGGAGAAUCAAGCAGAACUUCGAGGGUGACAAGGAGAGAAAGUAUUCAUGUCGGUGAUAUGUUAGGCAUGCGCAGAGAAGUUCGAGAUCCAGAGAAGCAUGCUCGUUUGAAAGCUGAUUUAAUGGAAAAUAUAUGGCAAAAGUUCGGUGAUGAAAAUGAAUAA